AUGCUGCCCUACGUCACGAAAAAGCGCCCGAUGAAGGACGGUAUUGGCAACGACAUCCAGGAGCACCCUCUCAUGAUAUUCUUGAGGUUCUUCGACAUUAUUCGCAAGGGUAAUCUCAAGCUUCCAAAGUGGGAUCACUUUACCGCAGAGAUGCUGUUGCAUCAGAGUACAUCACAAGACUACCUACCCUUCGGCCUUGCCAUUGUUCUCGACAUCCAAGAGGCAGUGCGCGACGACUGUCGUCGGAUGCUACGCGACCUCACCGAGCACGGCUUAGACAUCGCCAGAUGUAUCCGUUGUCAUGUCGACUACGAAGACCGCAUGUGGGCCAAGGGAACAAAGCCUGACUACAUGUGCAAAGAAGAGAUCAAGUUCAGUACCCUCCUGUUGAAGCCUCUAGACAGGCUAUUGGACUGGCUGCAAGAUGUUCUGAAUUCGCGAGAAGUGCCGAUGGCUGCUAGCGUCUUCAUCACCGUUCAUUCGACGCUCGCGGGACUUUCAAUGUGGCACUACAACCAGAUCUACCACCAUACUACCAUUACCAAGAUACAGUGGUUCAUCAAUGGCCUCGCUCACCUCUACAACGCCGCCUGCCAAAUCGGCGGUCUGAACAUCCAGUGGCCAGACCUCGACUAUCUGAUCAAGAUGCAUGGGUAA